AUGUCGACAAGAAAGCCAGUAUUCUCCAAGGCGAUCCUGGACAUAAUCUACCACGAGGCGUGCAAUGAUCUCAAAGACGACCUAAAUGAUCCAGACUCAGAAACGCGUGAAUACGCUAGAUGGAUUUUGGGUCGCCUCUCUCUUAUUUCUCGACAAGCUGAACGACACUUUCGCGCUGUUCUCUUCCACGGGUUUACAAUCAGGCGUCCUAAAGCUGUAGACCUCGACUCUUUGGUCUCUCUCGAGUCAUGGAUUUACCGACAAAUGAGAUUGCUCGAGCAGGAGGCUGGGCCUGCACGCUACAUCAAGGACCUUACAUUGAGCUUCAUGGGUCCAAUAGACAAACCAAAGGAGGGUGACAGCGACUGCGAUAGUUCAGACGACGAUUCUUCCGAAUUUGAAUUCAAGUCGAAGCCAUAUCCCGAUUCCAACAUGUUCCGUUGCUCAGUCACGCUUUUCAUCGACGCCAUUCCGAAGCUUUUGGCCAACUUCAAGAACCUAACCCGCUUCCAUAUCGACAAUGGCGGACCUCUUGACAAACGCCAUUGCAAUGGAUAUGCAAUGUACGAGUCUACUAGCAAUGUUACGGUCAACGCCCUCUUCGACUGUAUCCGGCGCAAUCAUUCGCUAAAAGAAGUCGCCUUCACGAAGGUCGUCGGCCUCCCUAUACGACAUUUGAUCCAGGCACUUCCGGCUUCGGUCAAAUCACUCCAACUUCAAGACGUCUCAUUUAGACCGGUAGAAGUCACAGACAGCGAAGAGGAUCCUACAGCAUUGUGCUCCUUAGAGGCGGCCACUCUGAUCCUGAAACCAAAGGAGCGACUACCUUCGUGGCUAUCUUCUCCGUCGUCGUCACUAUUUAGGGACUUGACCAAGUUUACGUUCCACUUCCACGACGAAGGGGACGUAGCCAAAGGCUUUGGCAUCUUGUCCCGGGCAGCAACGACUCUCCAGCAAAUCACGCUUCAUUACUACACCUGCCCACUCUCCGACAAUGCUUUAGGGUCAUUCCCGACUCUCGAACUUCCCAAUCUCUGCUCUCUGUCUCUGAAACUCGUAUCAACGCCGGUUAACACUUCACAUGACUUGACAUGCCCGCCCACCCUUUCGACUUUCGCCUACGAUCAUCUCUCCAAGUGGACCUCGUCUUCUCUCGAAUCCCUUGUCUUGGACUUUGAAUGGCACAUCGGACCUGACUCCUCAGUUCUCUACGAAGCGGAGGAUGAGGAAGAUGAACACGGUGAUUUCCCGGGCAAGUUUGUCGACAGGAAUAUCAGCAGGCUGGGUCCCAUCGACGACAUCCUCUCUAACAACAACACUUUUCCGAAGCUCCAAACAGUCAGGUUCUUUCUCCUGGGAAAAGAGGGCGGAUCGUCUGGCUUCUACAGCGAUCGCGCGUCGUGGAACGAGCUCUACGGGCUUCGGAAGCAGUACAUAGACGAGGCAAAAACGGCACUGUGCAGCACCAUGUAUCGCGUGCGAGGUGCUGGUGGGACGUUUAAAGUGGAGACGGGCUUACUCGAGUACUGGGAGAAGUACGAAUCCGAGAUCGAAGAUCCUUUCAACGAGCCGAAAUGGUGGCAACGAAAAAACGAGGACCCUUUUGACUUUCUCCUGGAAUAG